AUGCUGCGUUCGCUCCUGUCCUUCGCCAAGGGUGGCAAUGGCAACGGCAAUAGCUACAUCUUCCCCACGGUCGACCCCAAAGAUGAUGGACCGGACUGUAAGAGGGACUGUGCCGACUGCACGGUGAACUACCCCUCGAAGCUUAAGAUCGAAACAUCAACUCCAUUAUACGGACAUCUCAAACCAUUCAAUAUGCACAUCCUAGUUGCCACGGGCAAAUCAGACUGGAUACAAAAGCCCACAAAUGAGAAGGGUAGUCUACCGGAGGUGCUUAGCUCGGUGCCUACCAAACUAAACCAUGGCAAGAUCACGGUAUUAGCCUCGGAUCUGAAACCGCACGAGCAAGAACUAGAUGAAAUCAAUAAUAAUCCCACAGAUGCCACAACCGUCCUGAUCUUACCAUCGUUUACCUACGUGGAUUCAGUAACCCCCAACAAUGCCAGUGAGGUGAUUGAUCGUUUCGUCACCGCUCCACAAGAUCAAACAGCGGCCAACGGCGAUUCAACAUCUCAAUUAACAUCUCGACCAUGUCCCCACGACUAUGUGAUUCUUCUCUGCUCCCACAAGCGGAGAGAUGCCCGGUGCGGCUUAACAGCUCCUUUGCUCAAAAAGGAAUUGGAAAGACAAUUGCGGCCACUUGGGCUGUAUCGCGACGCAGACGACAUGCGUCCGGGUGGGGUUGGCAUCCAUUUCGUCUCGCAUGUAGGAGGACACAAGUUUGCUGCGAAUGUCCUGGUUUACCGGAAGAAAGAGCAGCAGAUGAUCUGGCUGGCUAGAGUCAGGCCAGAGCACUGUGAAGGGAUCGUGAAAUACACGCUACUGCAGGGUAAAGUGGUGCAUCCUGAGUCGCAGUUGAGGGGUGGGUUUGAUAGAGCGCGUGGGUUGACGAGUUGGUGA